UUGCCGUUCACGGGAAUGCCGUCCCGGCGCCUCGGCGGUAACGUCAUCACAGUGCGCGGCUACGCGGUGCGUAGGCCUGGGUGGUGCGGCAGGGGCCGCCCGCGCCAUGUCCGCGGAGGAGCGGAUGGGCUCGGGCCGAGGCGGAGAGGCCAUCAAGUUGUCAGCAGAGGUCAAACCAUUUGUUCCAAAACAUACGGCGGUAACUGUGGCAUGGUCAGAACCCUCAGAAGCAUGUGUCUUUCCUAGGUAUUUAACUACAUGCUACCCAUUUGUUCAGGAACCAUCUUUGGAUAAUGUUCUAGGAGAUCCUGCCUUCCAUGAGUACUCCAGCUGCUCUUACUCACCUGAUGUUGUUUCAAAUGUAUAUCCAGUAGCUGGCUCACAAUAUCACUCUAACAACUCAACACACUACAGUGGUUCAGGAGUAGUCAGUGCAUCUGCUGAGCAAAUCAGACAAGAAAGUAAGAACCUUUCAAAGCAGAGAAGAUCAAAAGAGGGCGAGAAAAAAUUAGACAAGAAAAGGCAUGGUGGAGGUGACCCUUCUGUCAGAAUUGUGAACAGGACUUCGUUCCAGACCUCCACAGUCAGCAGAGAUUCCACAAAGCCAGACAGGUUCACUAAAACUACAAUCAAGAAGUCAACUCAAACUUCAACAACAGAGUCUCUUCCUGUAUCUGCAUUUGAAGCUACCAUUCUGGAUUUCAACAAGUCACAGAAUUCGGGAAGCAGUGAGAUACAGAAUGUACAGCAUAAAAGUGGACCAGUAUGUUCAGCAGAAAGUAACAUUGCGUGCCUUAGCCAACCACAGUCUCUCCUGCUGAACACGGAGGGAGACACUUCUUUGGAAAGCAAAGCUUCAUCAAAAACUUCAGAUGAAACAGUAGCCAGCUCAAUUCCCUCUUCAUUUGAUGGUAGAGAUGGCUCUGCUCAGCCACAUGUGUCUUGGGCCAUGGUACUUUCACAGCCCCCAAAGAAAAUUGUGUCAUCACCAGCAUCUGAAGGUAUUCCCAGAGGCAAAGGGAAGCAGGACAGUGAAACAAAGCAGUCAGAAACGAAAAAUGACGCUAGUGAAACUGAGCCUGAAGAAGGGUCAGAAAAGAAGAAAAAAAAGAAGAAAAAGAAGAAAAAAACAAAGUCACCCACUGAUGCAGAGAAACCUCAAAACGAAUCUACUACUGUACAGGAACCACCAAGGAUUGAGGAUGCUGAGGAGUUUCCUGAUCUGGCAGCUGCUUCAGAUAGGAGAAACAGACUAGGAUCUCAGAAAACGUCAUUUACUCCUGCUGUCAGAAAGCAGUCUGAAAUCCAUCUCCCUGAAGAGCCUUGGGAUAGUUGGUCUCCCGUACUGGAUGGAGCUCCCAAGGUGGAUGCACUGUCAGGGAAGCAAGUUUCAUUUUCUACUGUAGAAAGAAAGAAAAUGCAGGAAACAUCCAGGAGCAGUGGUAAGAAGAGUCAAAUUCCUGUGCAGUUGGAUUUGGGUGGCAUGCUGGCAGUCUUGGAGCAGAAGCAGCAAACAGAGAAGUCUAAACAGUCAUCUAAACCUGUGGUAUUUUCAGUUGGUGGUGCCAUACCAUUGCUUUCUAAAGAACCUGCUACAGCCACAAAAAGUCACCGAUUAAACCAAGAAAAGAUGCCACAUAACCCUUUGGAUUCCAGUGCUCCUUUGGUGAAGAAAGGAAAACAGAGAGAAGUCCCUAAAGCAAAGAGACCAACACCUCUUAAAAAGAUUAUUCUGAAAGAAAGAGAACAACGAAAACAGCAACUCCUGUUAGAACAGACAGCAAUCACAAAAGAUGAAGAUAAUGUUUGUCAGUCUGCAGAAAAUAUUACUGAAGGUGAAACACUUCUGCAGGAUAGUCAAGCAGCUGUUCCUGUAAUACAAGUUGCUGAAAGAGAGAACGCAGGGAUCGAGGAAUCUACAGAAGGUUCUGCGACUUCAAAGCAGCUAACCCCCAGUCUUCCAAAAAUCCAUAGUAGGAAUUUUAGAGAUUAUUGCAGUCAAGUACUUAGUAAAGAAGUUGACAGUUGUGUGACAGAUCUCCUAAAAGAACUGGUUCGUUUCCAAGAUCGCUUGUAUCAGAAAGACCCAGUGAAGGCCAAGAUAAAACGCAGGCUUGUAAUGGGCCUUCGAGAGGUUUUGAAACAUCUCAAGCUGAAAAAACUGAAGUGUGUCAUCAUCUCUCCUAACUGUGAAAAGAUUCAGUCAAAGGGUGGGUUGGAUGAGACUCUACACAACAUUAUUGACUGUGCGUGUGCACAGAAUAUCCCAUUUGUUUUCGCCCUGAAUCGCAAGGCUCUAGGUCGAUGUGUGAACAAAGCAGUGCCUGUGAGUGUGGUGGGAAUUUUUAGUUAUGAUGGUGCUCAGGACUAUUUUCAUAGAAUGGUACAACUGACAACAGAGGCCAGAAAGGCCUACAAAGAUAUGAUAGCAGCUUUAGAGGAAGAAGCUAAAGGAGGACUAAGGGUAGCCCAAGCCAGCAUCUUAACCAGCGAACAUGAAAAAAAUGGCUUAUCAGAAACUGGCAAUACAUCUUCCAAGGACUCUGAUGAGGAUGUACCAAAUUAUAUUAAAAUCUGGAAGAGGAAACUUGAAGAAGAUUAUAACCCAUAUGCACUGGAACUGGAAAAGAGUGCAACUGCUGACUUGGUGAUAGUGAAUUCAGAAGAGCUUCAGUAAAUCCAGAUCUAGUUCUACUGGGCUUUUAACAUUUGGAUUUUUCAGAUUCCCUAGGGAGAGGGUAGCAAAAUAAAAUAAUUUAAGAAAUACCCGAAAUCAACUAGGUAAACUGUUCUGAAUCCUUUUAUGCAAAAUACACACUGGAACACAUGAGGCACUGGCUAAUGCUUCUAUGUUCUGUGCUCUCUAUGAGUACCUAAAAGGAGGCUGUGGAGAGGUGAGCGUUGUGCUAUCACUUGGGAGAAGAGAACAAGAGGAAAUGGCCUUAAACUGCGUCAGGGGAAGUUUAGAUUGGUGAUGGCUGAGUCGCCAUCCCUAGAGGUGUUUAAAAGGUGAGUACAUGAGGUGCUUGGGGAUACGAUUUAGUAGUGGACAGGUAUAGUUGGAAUUUAUGAUCUUAAAGGUCUUUUCCAACGUUAUGAUUUUAUGUAUUUGGCUGAUGACAAGCAGCAAAUUGUCUUAGCCCCAGACCACUUGAACUGGCUUGGCAUGCUGUAAUGGUAUUAUGGUCUAGCAUUGAUUUCUUAGUGAUUCAAUAUACUAAAAGAACUUGCUAAAAAUAUAAUUUUAUUUAGGAAGAGAUUCCAUGAGCCAGAAGGUUGGGCUUAUUUUUGACUCUUCUUUAAAGAACUUCAGCUGUUUUUUGAUUGUGGAUUUGACUUUGGUUUUUUAUUCUAAAUAAAUCUGCUUAGCGGGGGCAGACUGACAUCAAUGUCACUGUCUUCCAGUCAGAAAGAAACUGAUUUUGGGCAGGCAGCUUAUUAAGAAAGGCCUGACAAAGUUCAGGUUAGCUCUUCUGUGUGUAUUUCAGUCUUCUGGGAUCAUACAGGAGGUGCAAUGGAGAGACUGUGGCCUGCAAAGAGUCUGUGAAAUUGCAGAAGUGAGUUUGAUCCAUUUAGAAACUUACAUUGUUGAUUAAGUGUGCAACGAUGAUGUUUCUGCUGCUACUAAAACUAGUUUGUCAUAGGCCCUGCUUUGAAGUUAGAGGAUAUUGAAGUACAGCAAAUGUGCAAGCCGGUUAAUCCUAUCUGUACCUUCUGCGUGCUGACAGACUCCUCAUUCCUUCAGUUCGGGGUUGUGUCAGUGUAUAUAUGUAAGAGUUUUUAUCAAUCUCAGUUUGUAUCUAACAUAGGAAAAAUUUAUAUCUUGUAGGAAGUUAAAUUUGUAUCUUAUAGGAAGUUAAAUUUAUAUCUUGUAGGAAAUUAGAUUUUAAAAACAGAAUGAACUUACAGUGGUGGUGGAGCACCUUAAUUGGAAUGUAGGGUAUAAAUACCAUUGUUUACAAGUUGCAGACAUAAGAGGACAAGCCUAAAGAAAGUGGGAGGAUGCACAUGUAACUUUGUCAUCUGUUCUGAGAGAUGAUAUAGAUGCCAUGUACUGCUGCUAUCAUCUCUGAAAUGUACGUGCUUCACCACAUUGAACAUUUGUAGUGCAAUACUUCGGAAACUAGCUGCCUCAUGAAGUCAGAACCGAUAUGAAACCUUUAAAUGAUUUUGAAUUCAAACAAUUUGUAGAAUGUAAAUUGUAUAAAAUCUGUCACAGUAUAUUUGUUCUAUAA